AUGUUGAAGAAGCUGCACGUGAACAUCUCGUUCGUAGAGGCCCUAUCAAAGAUGCCAAAGUACGCGAAGUUUAUCAAGGACCUGCUCACAAACAAGAUGAAGUUGGAGGAUCUUGCGACUGUUACAUUGAGCGAGGAGUGUUCUGCCGUCUUGCAGAACAAGCUACCGAAGAAGGUGUCUGAUCCUGGUAGCUUCACGAUUCCGUGUUUGAUCGGAAAUCUCUCCGUCAGCAAUGCGCUGGCAGACUUAGGGGCUAGCAUAAAUCUUAUGCCGUAUUCCAUCUUUGCUAAGCUCAAUCUAGGCAAGCCGUCUCCUACGCGCAUGAGUCUUCAGUUGGCCGAUCGAUCAGUGAAGUUUCCGAGGGGUGUUGUAGAGAAUAUGCUAGUGAAGGUCGACAAAUUCGUAUUUCCAGUUGAUUUCAUCAUCCUUGACAUGGACGAGGACUCUGAGGUCCCGCUGAUUUUAGGUCGUCCAUUCCUUGCCAUUGCAUGA